GGCGUAUCAUUGAUCCUCAUAUUCAAGGUGGUGCAGCCAGCCCCGACCCCCACGAGGGUGCUCUUAGUCCAUACAUGGUAGCUGUCUCUGACACGGUAGACAUAGAGGUCGAAAAAAGCCAGCUAGAAAUUGUUGGCAAUAAAUCUGCUAGCGAGAUAUAUGACCUCCGUUCAGUUGCCCCAGUCGAAUCGAAGCUGUUGGAUCAAGAACAAUCGUUGCAACUCAGAGAGGAGUUGAAUCCAGACAUUUCACAGAAAGUAGACACACAAAAUUUUCCACGCACAGAUAUCAAACAAGCUCCGCCUCUGGAUAACACGCCUACAACUCCCCCAGAUGGAAACAGUAGCAGACAGAUAGCUACACAAGAUGCAGACAGUAAAGCCCUCACAACUGCUCCUGAUGCAUACAGUAACACACUCACAACUCCAUCAGAUGCAC